AUGGCGGCUCGAGCGCAAGACGAGGGCCCAGUGCCUAUAGCGGCAGACCGAUAUCACAGUGAAAAGACGGACCGCAUUGAACCCGCGACUGUUGAGCAUUUGGAUGAUGCUGAAGAUGAGCCCAAGCUGUCCAAGCCGGCCACGACGUUUGACGUUCUUACGCACACGAUUCACCUUCAAGAUGAUACUACCUUGUCCGCAAUUACCUUUCGCUCUAUGCUAAUUGGUCUCGGCCUUUCCGUCUUUGGCGGUGUCCUCUCGGGCAUCUUCUUCUUCAAGCCGCAGCCCGUGGCCAUCCCCGCCGUCUUCAUCGCCGUUGUCGCCUUCCUGCUCGGUGAGGGCAUGGCGCGGCUGAUCCCGCGCCGGGGUGCACUCGGCCGCCUGCUGAAUCCGGGCCCCUUCAACGUCAAGGAGCACCUGGCCAUCACCGUCAUGGCCAACGCCGCCAGCACGUCGGCGCUUGGGCUGGAAAUCAUCGCCGCCGAGCGCCUGUACUACAACCGACGCGUUCAUGGCGCGCUGACGUUUUUUAUGCUCAUGUCCUCGCAGUGCCUCGGGUACGGCAUGGCCGGGCUGAUGCGCAAGACCAUGGUGUACCCGGCCGCCAUGCUCUGGCCGUCCAACCUGCCCAUCAACACCAUGUUGGAGCGUCUGCAUUCGCGCGCGCCGAGCAAUCGCAAGCCGUUUCGCGUAUUUCUCUACGUAUUCAUGGGCAUCUUUUUCUGGGAGAUUAUCCCGCAGUGGAUUUGCCCUCUGCUGACGGGCGUCAGCAUCUUUUGCCUGAUCAACAGGAAGAGCCCUACCUUUACCAACGUCUUUGGUGGUGCCGAGGGCAACGAAGGCCUGGGCCUCUUUUCUCUUUGCUUCGACUGGCAGUACAUCUCCGGUGGCACAUCGCCCUUGUUUUUCCCCUUGAGCAGUCUCAUCAGCCAGGGCAUCGGCAUCACUGGCUGCAUCAUCCUUUUUUGCGGCGUCUACUACAGCAACAUUUGGGAUGCCAAGAAGUUUCCUUUUCUGUCGCAACUCAUCUUUUCGGACGAGUCGACGGCCGGUAGCCCGGUGGAAUGGAAUCAGACAGCUGCCAUUGGACUAGACGGCAAGAUCAAGAUGGAGGCGGUAAAAGAGCUCGGCUUGCCCAACUUUGCCUCCUCCAACGUCCUCAACAUUUUGUUGACCAACAUGUGUAUUGCCGCCGCAAUCACGCAUCUGAUCAUUUGGUAUCCAACCGAGAUCAAAGCCGCAUUCCAGUUUUUGAAUCCAAACCGCAUCCUUGCCCGCUUCAAAUCGGCACAAGGUCGCCUGCGCCCUUCAUCUCAGACCCAGCCUGCUAGUGCCCAAGCAAGCAGUGGGAGCGAAUCCGAGGCGCAUUACGAUCCGCACUACCUUUUGAUUCAAGAAUACAAGGAAUGUCCCGAUUGGUGGUAUGGUAUUGUGUUUGUCCUCUCCGCUACCGUGGCCCUCGUCGUCAUCUACACGAGCAAGAGCACUCUGCCCUGGUGGGGGUUUCUCGUCGCCUGUCUGGUCGGCUACUGCCACCUUCUCAUCUUUGGGUCCAUGCAGGGCAUCACGGGCGUCAGUUUCACGAUCCAGUCCAUUAUUCAGAUGAUUGGCGGCUACAUGCGCCCCGGAUUUCCCAUGGCCAACAUGUAUUUUUCGCUGUACAGCUACAAUUCUCUCCUGCAGGGUGUGCUGCUGGCCAAGGACCUCAAGCUCGCGCAGUACGGGCACCUGGCGCCGCGCAUUACCUUUUCCAUGCAGAUGCUGGGCACCGUUGUCGGCGCGGGCCUCAACUACGUCAUGGCGGACAGCAUCAUUGACAACCAGGCCGACAUCCUUCGCAGCGUCCAGGGCACCAACAUCUGGUCCGGCGCCGUCACGCAGCAGUUCAACGCGCAGGCCGUCACCUUUGGCGGCUUCCCGCACGAGCUCUUUAGUGUCGGUAGCAAGUAUCAGUGGGUGCCGCUGUCCAUGUUUAUCGGGUUCGCGGUGCCGAUACCUUUCUGGCUCGCACACCGCAAGUGGCCGCGUCUGGGCCUCGAUAUGAUUAACACGCCCGUCAUCAUGUUUUACAUGUGCUACCUCAACCUGGGCAUCAACUCGUCCGUCAUGACGUUCUUCAUGGCAGGCUUCUUUGCGCAGUGGUAUGUGCGCCGCAAGUACCCCAACAUCUUUGUCAAGUACAACUACCUCAUCUCGGCGGCACUGGACGGCGGGACAUCGGUCAUGGUUUUUAUUCUGUCUUUUGCCGUGCUCGGAGCUUCAUCAGCGGCCGUGGCAUUCCCCAAAUAUUGGGGAAAUCCGGCCUCUGGUCAUAUCGACUAUUGUUACAAGACUCCCUCCGAGUAG